AUGAUUCCAACCGAUCGUCGUCCACCAACUCCAUUGUCAGAACCACGAGACGAUAACGACCAUUCACCACACCAUUUCGAAGAGGAUUCUUCGUCAGAGCAUUGGGAACAGGUGGAUAGAUGGCUACAGGAGAUUGAUGCCGUUGAACUUUCGUUGCUUGACAAGGAUGACAUGUCUCUUCAAGAUCUUCAAGAACUUCAACAAAAGACAGAGGAGGCUAACACUAUCAUGGAGUUGGUACUGCAAACACAGCGUCAAAUCAGUGAUGAUAACAUGAGGCAAGCUGCAAUGUGGCAAGAAAAGUUGGAUGCUCUCGAAUUCAGUAAAUCUUCAAUGUCCACCGAAGGCUCUCGUGCAUUGGAUGCUCUUGCUACUUUGGCCAUUCGAUUGGGCUUAGACGAUACAUCGCUGAGUAGCUACCAAACAGCAUUGGCACAAUUGACAAUCGAUACGUUGGAAGCGGAGCUCGAGGAGAAUGAGCUGGAUGAAAUGGAAUAUGCACUGCGAGGUCGGAUCAAAAACGCGGAAGAUGAGCUGAGCAAGAUGAAAACAAUGCUUUCUUCUAUACGACAACGCCAACAACAUGACCAGGAUGAUCGUUUUGUACGACGCAUGGAAGCUGAUACAGACGCUUUGUUACAACAAACACAAGAUCAACAAGAAGAAUAUGCUCUUUUACAGAAUGAAUAUGAGGAUACGGAGGUUGAGCAACUACAACUCCGGUUGUCGGCACUUGCAAAAAUGGGGCAUGAUAUGGCUGCUGUGGAAGAAGUCCUUGCUGAACAAAAUGAUGUACUUGCUGGCUACAAUGAUCUGCCUCCUGACAUGAUGCUAGCUUCAAGAAAGUACAAAGAAGCCGAAGACCGCCUGCAUGAGCUGAGGCAGGAACGGGAGCUUUUGCUUGCUGAUAUUGCCAAUCAAGUGCGCUGA